UUUGCACAGUUGCCCCACCUGUUUUCACUGAGUAAUCUUUAGUUAAAUAUCACGGUGCAGUAUUGCUUAAUGAAGUUCAAGAAAAAAAUUUAAAUCGAAGUAAAUGCAAUGUAUGCGGACACUAUGUAUUUGCCGCAACUUAGAGGCAUUAUUUGAGAAUUGCUGUUGCUGCUGCUGCUGCUCGUGAGAUCCAUUACAGAUGCUACAGAUAGGACAAUCGACCGGAGCUCUACGAGGAAGUCCGGCUUUACAGAACUUCGAGGGAAAGGACCAGGUACGACAACAUGGCCGAUCUGUACUCUGUAAUCACCACACUCCAAUGCCUAGAAAAGGCUUAUAUCAAAGAUGCCGUCACACCAAAAGAGUAUACUGCCGCCUGCUCAAAGUUGCUUGUUCAGUAUAAGGCGGCCUUCAAACAGGUCCAGGGUGAAGGAUUUCCGACAGUAGAGCAAUUUAUCUCGGCGUUCAAGUUGGACUGCCCGGCGGCCCUCGAGAGAAUCCGCGAAGAUAGGCCCAUUACGAUCAAGGAUGAUCGAGGAAAUACUUCGAAAUGUAUCGCAGACAUCGUCUCACUUUUUAUCACUACUAUUGACAAGCUUCGGCUGAACAUUAGCUCGAUGGACGAACUACAGCCGGAUCUUAAGGAGCUCCAGGAGACCAUGAGUCGCCUAAGCAUUCUGCCUGCAGAUUUUGAAGGAAAAGCAAUCGUGGCCAAGUGGUUAGAAACUAUGGCAACGAUGGCGGCGUCGGACGAACUGAGCGAACAACAGGUUCGUCAAAUGGUCUUCGAUCUGGAAACUGCACACAACGCGUUCUCCAGGGUAUUACACGAUUCUCAAUGAGCAGAAAGGUUUUGGCAUUAAUUGUGAUGCGUAUUAUGAUGUCAAGACUAUCAUUAAUAAAUGGAAUUGUGCGAAACUCAACCAGCCAUUUAUGGAUAUAGUCUAGUUGAGUAAGAGAAGGAAACGCUAUUCCAAGUCCCACAAAGAAUAGUAUUACAUCGAAGUAAAUAUUUGCUAAGGUAUACGUCGAAUCGGGCUAGCUGAGAACUAAUUAUGCUAUUUCUAAUGUUUAUGAGGUGGCAAUGGGUCUUCAACCUUCACUGGUAGACCUGCCCAGGCAAGAUGGGAGAUCGUCUUAAUGCAAUCAAAUGCUGUAUAUAUAUAUGCUCUAAGAGAAAGAAAUGGUUAAUCAUAAACGUCCGUCAGGAAGUGACACUAUGUAUGCUAAUGACGGGAUCGCUAUCUCAGAAAAUGGCCAAUCUAUUUAUAUGCGAAAUACAGAAUGAAAUAAAGUCAAAAAAAGCUUAAGGGAUGCUUUAGAAAUAAAUAAUGGUGGAUCUUUUCCUU